GUCACGUACAGUCCUUUUAAAAAAUCACAUCACCGUUUGUAUGUAUAAUUUCCCGUAUAAACCGUAGCGGUUUCAUCGUGGAUGGAUUUUCUGAAAAUAUUUCAAUCAACCCAAUGAAAAGCUAAGCGAAUCUUGCGUGCAAAUGGAGAAGCCCGUGUAAAAUUUUUGUAAAAUAUCUUGUGAAAAUACUGUUUUAAUAACUUUGUGGAAUCAUCAUCCGUUGGAAUUGAAGAUAACCUCAAAAGCAAGUUGGCCGAAGAUUAUCGAAAAGAAAGGGGGAAGAAGCGAAGCCGAUUUAUAAAUUGGAGUAUUUAUGAUAUUACGAAUGAGGCAACUUUCGUGACGAUCAUCUUGAGAUUCAUUUAUUAAUUUAGUUUUUUAUCGCUAGGUAAUAAAUCAUGUCUGAUGAUGAAGAUUACAUGUCCGAUAAAUUUCUUCUUGCUACCGAACAACACUGCACUCCAAUUCUUGCUCGCCGUCGUGCAGAUCAAAGGGAAUUAGAUCUUUUAAAGAGGAAGGCAGAGAUUGAAGCUCGAUUAAAGGAAAAAAAUGUCUCUGUCCGGGUCAUAGAGCAGGAAACAAGAGAUAAAGGACUAGCGUCUGCCAUCACUAGUGAUAAUAAAGGUUUCAAAUUAUUGGAAAAAAUGGGAUACACACCUGGGCAAGGAAUAGGAAAGAAGGAGAGCGGAAUAUGCGAGCCAAUUUCGAUUGAUCUGAAGACAAAUAGGCUGGGUUUAGGCAGAGCACCGAAGAAAAAAUCAUUGGCAAUAAAAAAUGGGAAGAAGAAAGAGGAUGAUUUUAACGCCGAUGAUUUUCGAGGAAGAAUUUCACAGAAGAAAACUGAGCAGAUGAUAGAGGUUGAUUUACGUAGAAGUCAAAAAAGUUGCGAGCAGCUGGAUAAUCAAAAUAAUAUUGACAAACCUAUGGAAAUUUGGUACUGGCCGAAAGUAGAAGAAGAGGAAAAAGACUCUGAAAACAGCGAAGCAGUGGAAUCAAGUGAAGAGGACGAAGAUGAAAAUGAAGAUGAUCAAAACAUUAUACCAGCUAGUGAAAAAUUAGAAAUUUUAACCAAGUACCUAAGAGAUAAAUAUUUUUAUUGCAUUUGGUGUGGGGCAGCAUAUGAUGAUGUAGAUGAUUUGCGGGAUAAUUGUCCUGGAAAUACGCGGGAUGAUCAUUGAAUGCUGAAAUUAAUU